CGGCUGGUGGGCGCGCUCGGCCGCUGGGGCGUUUUUGUUACUGUCUUGGCGGGUCUUGCUGGCAUCCGGGCAGCCGGCAUGGGUUGGUCUCAGGAUCUGUUCCGCACCCUGUGGAGAGCGCUGUCCAAGGAAGUGAAGGAGCUAGUGGGCACAGACCAGUUCGGGAACAAAUACUACUAUAUCCCGGCGUACAAGAACUGGAGAGGACAAACUAUUCGAGAGAAAAGAAUUAUAGAAGCAGCAAAUAAAAGAGAAGUAGACUAUGAAUUAGGGAAUAUCCCAACAGAAUGGGAAGCUUGGAUUAGAAGAACAAGAAAAACUCCACCUACCAUGGAGGAAAUACUAAAGAAUGAAAAAUAUAGAGAAGAAAUUAAAAUAAAAAGCAAAGACUUUUAUGAAAAAGAAAAACUCCCUAGUAAAGAAAGCAGUGAACUCUUGGCUCCACCAGUUGAAACUCAGAUUAAAGGACAUGCAUCUGCUCCAUACUUUGGAAAGGAUGAACCCUCAGUGGAUCCCACCAGCACUGGUAAAACCUUUCAACCAGGAUCCUGGAUGCCACAAGAUAGCAAAAGGCACAAUCAGUGAAUGCACUGUGGUAAAAAAUUGUUUCAUUUAUAUGUAUAUGACUAUUUUAACAAAUAAAAGUAAAUAGUUUGUGACUUUAUGACUGUA